CUAUUUAACCAAAUCCUCCAACCCUCUCUUUGUCAUCACUAGCUCCCACUACUUCAAACUCCAAACCUCACAACAAGAAAAACGAGAUUAACACAGAGUUAGAGAAGAACAACAGUACUUCUACAAUAGUUGAUAUAGAAAUGGCUUCUUCUGGUGCAGCGACUACCGUUGAACAAGGCGGCGACGCCUCUAUCUCCGCCCUCCACUCCGACAUAAUCACGUCCCACAUCCUCACCCGCCUCGACGGCCCCACCCUAGCCUCCGCCGCAUGUGCUUCCUCACAAUUGCACGCCUUCUCCACCGAACAGACACUCUGGAAGGACAUCUGCGCCUCCACGUGGCCUUCCGUCUCCGAUGAACGUGUUGAAGGUAUCAUAUCCACGUUCCCGUCCGGCCAUCGCUCGUUUUUCUCAGACUCCUUCCCUCUUCUUGAUCACUCCUUCUCGUCCUCUUGUAAUCCCAGCCGCUUGGCUCCGGCAUCGGAGCUUAUCUCCGCCGUGGAUAUUUUCUACAAGGGAGAGCUGGUUUUCUCCAAGGUUCAAGAGACUGAGACCGAGACCGGGUGGUUCCUAUGCUCACCCUUCCGGAUCGACCUUCUUGAGCAGAAAGAGACUGUUCCAACUCCGAUAAGACACAUCGGAGACACCACCGAGUCCCUUAAGCACUUGGAGGAGAACUUGACAUUGAGCUGGAUCGUGAUCGACCUGGCCCAAAAGCGCGCGGCCAAUCUUUCCAGCCGGAAGCCAGUGUCGGUGACCCGGCACUGGCUCACUGGCGAGGUACAGCUCCGUUUCGCGACGAUCAUGCCCGGUGAUCGUCGCGGGGAGUUCGUGCAGUGUGGGAUGGUGGUCACGUGCAAGGGAAGCGACGGAGGGGAGCUACACGUGAGAGAGGUGAGCAUGCAGGUGGAGGCCAUGGAGGGGAACCACCUGAACGGGAAGGAGAGUUUGGUAAUUUUGCAAGGAGCGAUUGAGGGAGGGAAGAGGAAGAGGGAGAUCGAGGAGGGAAGUGAAGGGAAGGCGAGGUUUGGGGAGUUUCUGGAGAUGAAGAGAGAAAGGAAAGAGAGGUCGCAGAGGAGAGAGAGGGCUUUGGAUAUGAUCUGCAUUGCUACUGGGGUUACUUUGUUCAUGGCGUUUUGGUCUUUCGUCUUGUUCAGAUAGAGAUGAUCAGCAAAGAUCGAUCGAGUUACAGUUAUUACAGGUUCAGAGUACAUUCAUACAAAUUAAGGAUCGAGUACAAAAAUGGAUAGUAAUUACAAUUAUUUCAUUUCAUUUUUUGUUUUUACACAUGUGAAUACAAAGCUGCGUACACAUUUAUACACCAUUUGAUUGGUCCCAAGUUCUCAAAUUAAUGAAUAUAUUUUAGCCAUUUGUCUCUUCAA